AUGGCAAAUCCUUACCGCAUCCUCAACGUAUCUCCCAACGCAACUCGCCAAGAGAUCCGUGCAGCUUACAUUGAACAGGCGUGUCAAAGUCAUCCAUCAAAGCAACAACCGAAUCAACACCCAGCAAUUCAACAAUCUCGUUUUAGACAGGUAGCUGAAGCGUAUACUCUUGUCGGAAACGAUUCGAACCGCCAAAUCUCAGACAUUGCAUUUUCCCUCACAAACGAAAUUUCAAUUUCAACACCGACUCGUAAUCGCAAUCGAAGUGCAUCUGAGGCCACUGGAAGAGAUGGGAUCUUCAACUCUCGACAAAUUUGCGAUGUACUCCCACCUGGUCUAAAAUCAACUCUCAUUGAGUUAGAUCCUAUCAAAGUCUUUAAUAGGGCUCUAAAGGAGAUGGAGGAUGAGAGAAAACGGCAUUCGGUUCAAAAGCUCACUCCACUCUCAAUGGACCAUCAGAAGUCUCCUUUUCGUAAUUCGUCCUCUCCGGAUCAUCAUCAAUCUCAUUCUUAUCAAUCUUUAUCACCAUCAGGAUUACAUCGCACUCCUUCCUAUCUCAAGCUGGCUUCUCGAGAUAAUCAUCAAUCAACUUCCCAUUAUCAACAAUCACCCCACGAACAUCAUCCAUCCCAAUCUUUUCACAAAACCUCAUCACAAACUAACCAUCAAUCUCCACCUUACACAAAAGAACUACACCAAGCUUUAAGUUGUCAAAAACUAUCCUCUGCGGAGCAUUCGCAUCAUACUCCACAAUCACUUUCAUCCAACCCAACAUCUCGGGAACGACCCACAUCAAUUCUUUCAGUUGCAUCAUCAAGCGCAGGUCGCAUGAGUUCUAGAAGUAGCAAUACAUCUUCUAGAAGAAGAGUUUCCUUCACAGAAGAAACAAUCAAGACAGAUGAAUUGAAAAAAUUAAGAGAAUGUUUGAAAAACGAAUCUACAUCGAAUGCAUCAUUUUCUAACCCAUCAUUAUAUGAUUCAGAUCUAGAUAAUGGACAUGAACGCAAUUUAUCAUCUUCUUUACCAAUCGACUGUUCUUUCUUAUCUGAUCGUAUGUAUCAAAGAAGAAAAGAAGAAAAAUCAGAACCAGUAGAGAAAGAAGACUUUCCUUGGUCUAAUUUAGAUUUUGAUGAUCCUAGAAUGAUAGAAAGGAAUCCUAAUCAUCAUCGACAGAAGACCCCAAAAGAAGCUUCCCCUACCAGUUCAGAUUUGAAAAAACGGCUCAUAGCUAAUGGGAGUAAUACUCUUAAUAAUCAUAUUCAUAAAGCACUGUCAUCAACCGAAGAUGAAAUGCAAUCAUAUUUAAAUUCACUUGAUCUGGACCGUGCUGAAGACCAAGAAAGGAUACUCGAACGGUUUUAUGAAGGUGGAAUGAGCAGAAGAGACAACCUCCGAGAUUUAACCGACGAUGAACUAUUAGAAAUCUUGGAUAAAUUGAAGGAGCUACACACCAACAGGUGACAUCCCUUCACGGGCUGUACCUAUUCAAUAACAUGGGAUGUAUUUCAUUCACUACUUUACACAUAUGCAAACUGUAUCAAUGAGAUUUAUCUCCUGGUUGGGAUAAAUAUCUUUGGCAUCAGAAUCUGUUUAUCCUACCGACUUCAUUUAUGUAAGGAUUAUGACAACGCCUCUUCUAAAGAUUGGAGCACGAGAAUAACAAACCUAUUCGAGAGAAUUAUCUGCAGCGGGAACUGGAUGAUUCACUUCGCAUCUUCUAGCUUAGUCCAUUUCAAUAUACUAUCAACUUUCAUUUAUCAAUUAAAAUUAUUCUACAACUAAUAAUGAUCGUACCAGAAGGAAUCAUAAAAAAAUCUACAAAAUCAUUCUAUCUGCCAUAUUUUGGUUUCGGCUCUCUUUCUCUCUUAUCAUCAAACAAUUAUUUACAAAUAAUUUUCCAUUUUAUGCUCUUGAUUUAUAAAUUUGUUUUACCUUUUAUUUUUCAUUACUUUAUCUGUCUGUCACUCAAUUUGCAUAGCCCUUCUAUAUAAAGCUUAAUGAACCACUUUUUAGCAUCAUGUCAGGAUCUAGAACUCAAUAUUAUUUUUUCCAUCACAUGUUUUGAAAAUCAAUCAUCUUUAACAUUC